CCAGUGACCAAUGGUCAUGCGCGCACGCAACAUUAACGACAUGUCGUUCAACCGUCGAUAAGUUUAAAUAUAGCACAUUACUAUUUUAUUUUUCUUUUUAAUUAAUUGUGCUUACGAUCGCGUGCUGUAAGUUAUCGAAUAUUUUUUUGUCCAUAAAUAUGUUCGUCUCGUGAAGUUUUGUGAAAAAAAUGUGAAAGAGUGUUUGGAUAUUUUUGUUUUGACUGGAUGUUGUUAUAAAGGAUUUUUAAUGAAGAAUCUUUUUGGUAAUGGUUACUUCGGCGUGGUAGUGUGCUUGGUGGUGGCGUGGUGCGCAUGCGCGGCGGUGUGCGCGCCGGCCCAGCUGUGCGCGGGCGCCGCGGACGACGACCCCCGCGCCGCGCGCUUCUGUCAGGCACUCAACACCUUCCUCGAGCUCUAUGCCGAGGCAGCUGGCGAGCAGGUGCCCGAGUACCAAGCCCUGGUCCGCGACUACCCGCAACUCCUGGACACCGGCAUGAAGAGGCAAGACGUCGUGCACUCCUUCCUGCGCUUCGGGCGCCGGCGCUGACCAGUCGGCCCCCCGCCGCGACCACGCCGCGUCCACGCCAAACCACCGCAACCCACACGCAGCGACCAGGCUUAGAUUCUCUGCUAAUAUAACAUACGUUUAGUUCUUUACGUUAUUUCGUCCAAAAUAUUUAAAAGUUCCUUUAUAAUGUAAGUCCGUAUCCAAAUGCUAGGUAUCCCGAACUGCGAAAAUUAAAAAAAAACUCAUUCAACGUCGAGACGUCAACAAGAGCAGACGUCUAAACCUCUCUCUCCAAAUUUAAUAGACUAGAAUUAGAACUUAUUAUAAUGAAAUGUACUUAUUGCUAAAAGUAUUAAUAGUGUUUAAGAUGUAAUUAAACGAUCUUGUUGUCAACAUUUUUGUGGCAUUUCAUUUGAUAAGUGUAAGAAUAUUUAAAUAAUUAUUAUGAUGUUUUAAAUAAAUAAACUACGUAUUUA